AUGGAAAUAGCAGACCAAGAAGAGGAAGACGAGGAUCAUUCGGAACUGAAUUGGAAUUUAAUUGUCUUUCGAUGGAUUAUUCUCAUACUAUUCGGCAUUUGCCUGAUUUUCAAUAUUUUCGAUUGUGUACAUCACGCUGCCGUCAUCACCUACUAUUCAGCAUGUGCGGAGUGUGAAUUUACGUAUUAUGAGGCUUUAGUAUUGGCAGCUUCCUUGGGAAUGAUUGGUGUUCUCCUGCUGGGAAUUUAUCUAGUGCUUUUGCAAAAGACUCGUGCGCUGCGAGUUUACAACAUGAUCAUUUUUCUAACCGUCUGGCUGCAAAUGCUGCUGAUCCUUGUGCUGACCCAACGCUAUCCCAUUGCCCACAUUGUGCACUACAGAUGGUUGAGUCAGAAGAGCUUGGCGUAUUAUGAGAAGAAGUACUCUUGCUGUGGCGUUCUCGGACCGGAUGAUUAUCUGCUCACAUCUGGGGAAUUACCGCGUAGCUGUUUCGCCAGUGAGAGCCAGCUUACCAAGGAUCUCUACUAUAGUGGUUGCCUGAACAGAGAUACUAUACCCACAACUCUUUUUCGCUCCGAGCUUUUGACUCCCUUAUUUCAGCUGCUUUUAGUAAUAUUGGUGAUAGUGUAUUAUCUGCACCUGAAAAAUACCGGUGCACCAGUGCGUUCUAUUCGCAACUUGUGGCAAUCGUGCAUCAUUUUCUAGUUAUUGCCUCAGCAGCAAAUUGUAUUUCCAUUUGCAUUUGGAUUUGCAUUUUCAUGCAAGACAAAUUGGAUGAUGGCACUGGGAAUUGAAUAUUGGCAUUGGCAGGGCUUACACUUCUCAUAUUUCACAAGCUGCAAUCAAUAACGAUAAACACUCGAGUGUCUGUGUUUCAGCUCGAAAAGGAUUCAAAAGCAUCCAAUGUCCACUAUGCAUAUGCAUGAGCCAAUAAAGAAAUCAACAAAGGAUAAAGGACACGGACUCAAACACGGACACGGACACGGACACAAGUUGAGCUCUCGAAACGUUAUACAAAAUGCAACCGAGCGGCACAUGCCACACGCCACAUGGCUCAAGGACAAUCCCUUAGACGUUUUUUUUUUGUUUUUUAUACUUGUACAUAAAUUUUAUUGUUGUCGACAUUAAAUUUUGGCAUCGGGAAAAACAA